ACCGAGCUGUCGGUAGUUGGUUCAGUAGCCAACCAGAUUCAAACCACAACACAACGCAAGCAAGUGUUUCCUUCCGCCGGAUCAUGGCAGAGGCAAAACGACACAUGGUACAGCAGAAUGACGAACUGCACGGUGUUCACGAGGAACGGAUUCGACUACCCUUCGGUGAUGUAACCGGCAAAUGGUGGGGACCGCGCGAUCUUCGACCGAUCGUUUGCCUACACGGCUGGAUGGAUAAUAGCGGAUCGUUCGAUCGUUUGAUUCCCUUGCUUCCGCGCGACAUCAGCUUUCUCGCCAUCGAGUUUCCUGGCCAUGGCCGUUCGGCGCACCUGCCGGCGGGCGUGGCAUACAAUGCGCUGGACACACUGCGCCUUCUGCUACACCUGAUGCAGCAUUACGGCUGGGCGCGCAUUUCACUCAUGAGCCACUCGAUCGGUGCGGUGAUGAGCUACGUGUUUGCCGGCGUAUUCCCCGAUCGUGUCGAUCUGCUCGUUUCGUUCGAUCUGCUGAAACCCUUCAUACUCGAUCCGGAUAUGUUGCUGUUUCUGCUUUCCGAUUCACUUCCCAAAACGCUCGAUUACGACGCCACUGCCAGGAAGGAGGAGAAACGUUUCCAUUAUGACGAUUACGUGGAGCAUAUGCAUGCAGGAUUUCACGAGUCGAUCAGUCGCGAUGCUUGCCAUUAUUUGCUCUACCGUGCACUGGAACCAUCGCCCGAUGGGACGGGACUGUACCGUCGCUUAACCGAUCGACGCAUUCGUCACAAUCACGGGUUGGUUUGGUCACACGAUUUAAAUCUGGAAAUGGCGCGCAGAAUACGCGUACCGUUUCUGUACCUCAAAACGACCGAAACACCCCUGUUCGAGGAUCCACAGUAUCAUCAGGAAACGAUCGAUGUGCUUACUGCUAGCAAUCCACUGUUUCAACAGACGCUAGUUGAGGGCAAGCACCACGUGCAUCUUUCGCAUCCGGAGCGUGUGGCACCGUUAGUGAGGAGCUUUUUACAAAAACACUGGAGCAGAGAGAAAUAUAUGACGUGCAAACUGUGACAAGGAACGUGUGGCGGAGUGUUUGGUGGCCUUUUAGCGGUGAAGGUGGAAUUGCUUUAUGUGAACUGUUUUUGUUCAAGUGCGAAGGUGAUUAUUUAUCGAUUUAUGGAGCAGACUUGGGGCGUUUUUAGUUUCACGGUCGGGUAAAAAUUGAGUGAUGAAAAGCCGUCAAUAUAAUUUUACAGUA